UUUCCGCUCUGAAUAUAGCAUUAAGUAAAACUAAUCUUCUCUCUCUCUCUUAUACUUUGACCUCAUGUGUUCAUGACUCUUCACCUCUGUCUCCUCUCACAGGGAGAAGAUGAUCUGCAGGAUGCUGCUGCUCCUCAUCCUCAUCUCAUCUGUCUGUGCAACAUUUGUAGUGAAUGUGACACAGAGCUCCUAUCAGGCAGAGGAGAACCACAACAUCACUCUGGAGUGGACCUUCACCACCAAACCUGACGUCUCCUGGAGGUUCCUGUUUAUCAUCUGUAACCUGAUAACUGAUCCCAGAGUCUUAACCCUGUAUCAUGUCCAUGGAGGUGUUGAGGUACCAGAGUCUCGGCAUGAAAAGUUUGCAGGACGAGUCCAGAGUGACAAAGACGUCCUCAGAAAAGGACGAAUCAGACUUCAUGUAUCCAGACUCAGAACUAAUGAUUCUGGUCUGUAUGUGUGUGAUGUGAAGACAGAUUACGGCUUCAGCUCUGAAAAAUGUCAACUGAACGUUACCGCAGCUGCUGGUCAGGAUCAACUUCAGAGACCAACUGAGAAUCAACAACCAGACAAUCGAGGAAGAAUCGUCCUCUCUGCUGCUCUGGGACUGAUAGCAGCAGCAGCAGCAGCUCUGAUGAUCAAACUCAUCUCAAUCAUUUGUUUUAAAAAAUCUACUGAGAAGACGACAAACUUCAGAUCAGCUGUUUAUCAGAAACCUGAAGGUCCAUGAUGCUGAUUUUUCUGAACAUCCAGACACAACUCUGUCCUUUUUUCUCUGUUUUUUCCCACGGAGAGAAACAAACAAUAAGAAACUGAGAUUACCAACAUUUGUGUCUCUCUAACAUCUACAUUAAUAUAUGAAUAUAACAAUACUUAAAAACCAUUAACAACGUCAGAGACAUUACUACAGGAGACGCCCCACCACUGUAAUAACACAUGGAUCCAGUAGAUGGCAGUAAUGCAGCUUUAACAGAGUCCAUGUUGACUCAGACAGACUGCUGAUCAUCAGGAAGGAAACUUCUCUACUGAUGAGGACGUUGACUUGUUCACUCUGUUGUUUCCUCCUGCUGCUUUAAAAAGGUGUCUGGACCCAACAGGACACGAUGAUCUGGACUCUUAUUAUGUCUGAAACCUGUUACAGGAUUUCCUCCUUGCCACUUUGCUGACCAGGUGUGGCUUGUAUAGCACUGAUUGAUGACGACCGCCCUGUACCUGGUCAGGUGUUUGCUCCUCAUGUGCAUCCUUGUCUUUUGGUGUGGCUGGUUUUGCAACAUUUGAUUAAAAAAACAAAUGUUGCUGCAGAUUAACAGGAUUAGAUUUUGUGACGAGAAAGAAGAGUUCUGAGGGAUUAUGAACAUAUAUUGAUGCUGAGCGGCUGCAGCAGCCUCCUUUAAUGUCUCCAGUUCACUUUCCUCUAUAAACUGUUCCGGAUGACAAAGACUCCAAAGUCUCUGAUCCCAGUUUC